AUGGAUCGUGUUGUGGGAGGAAAAUAUGAACUUGGGAGGAAAAUUGGGGGUGGCUCAUUUGGCGAGCUCUUUCUAUGUGUGAACAUCCAAAACAGAGAAGAGGUUGCCAUUAAACUGGAAUCGGUGAAGACCAAGCAUCCUCAACUUCACUAUGAGUCAAAGAUCUAUAUGCUUCUACAAGGAGGGAACCUACUAGGUCCUAGUCUGGAAGAUCUCUUCAACUAUUGUAACAGGAAGUUCAGCUUGAAAACUGUGUUAAUGCCCGCUGAUCAACUAUAUAGAGAUCUUCAGACGCAUAAGCACAUUCCAUACAGGGAAAACAAGAAUCUCACUGGAACUGCCCGCUAUGCCAGUGUCAAUACUCACCUUGGAGUUGAACAAAGCCGACGGGAUGAUCUGGAGUCUCUUGGUUAUGUCCUAAUGUAUUUUCUGAGAGGAAGCCUUGCCUGGCAGGGACUUAAAGCUGGUACCAAGAAGCAGAAAUAUGACAAAAUCAGUGAGAAGAAAAUGUUGACUCCUAUAGAGGCUCCCUCUCAACAACAGGAUCAGUUGCAGCAACAGCAGCAGCAGCAGCCGCAACAACAUUUGCAGCAGAACUACAGGAAAAGAAAACAACACUCUUCAUCAGGUCCUGCUAACAGCACACGUACAGGAAGUACUGUAGGACCUUCCCCUGGCUCGCCACAAUCAUCGCAUACACCUGAAGGACCUGGUGGAAUUACAUCAUCUACAAAUCAGCUUGAUGACUUGGAGACUUUUGGAGAUGUUGGUUCUCUCGACGACAAUGUUGAUUCUUUUUUGUCGCAUGAUGGGGGUGAUGGAAAUCUAUAUGGCUCGUUGAAACAAACUCUUACUGAAUAUAAACCAAAGACUUCUAAAGGUUUCUCAUUCGGAGAAGUUGGUUGUAUACGGACAAGAAAUAAGGUUACUUGUUGCCAUUUCUCUUCCGAUGGGAAGCUGUUAGCUAGUGCUGGGCAUGAUAAAAAGGCUGUUUUGUGGAACAUGAACACUCUGCAAAUAGAGACCACCCCUGAAGAACAUCAGUUCCUAAUUACUGAUGUGCGCUUCUGGCCAGGCUCGACUCAACAUGCGACGGCCUCAUUUGACAAAUCUGUCAGAUUAUGGGAUGCAGCCAAUCCAAGCUAUUGUCUGCAUGCUUACACGGGGCAUACUUCCCACGUGAUGUCCCUCGAUUUCCAUCCUAAGAAGAAUGAUCUCUUCUGUUUCUGUGAUAGUAACAAUGAAAUUCAUUAUUGGAGCAUUAGCCCAUUUUCGUGCACUCGGGUUUCCAAGACUGCGGGAAGCAAGAACCAGAUUUUUCAGACUCGGGUUCGACACGCUCGGUCUUGUUUUAGCCCCACUGCUCGGGAGAGUCUGCCGCUACUCUCUUGUCUCGCCGGGAAUGGCUCGACCCUGCUGCUCGAACACGAACGGGGCUGCCGCUACUUGUCCGUUGCGUGCACGAUAGGCCUUGGACGGUUCGUCUCAUCCCGGUGCCAGACCACGGUCUCGACAGCGGUUCAUGCCGGCGAUAAGGGCUUCGAUUUGCGAACAGAGAAAAAGGGCGACGGAGGGUCGUUGCCGGCGACUGAUGGGCGGACGUCAGUGGGCUGCUCGAGCGAACAGAGACACGCGACGGUGAUUAUUUCUCGAUUGGGCUUCUCGGUGUUCGCGUUCGACUGCUCACGACGGCGGACGCGCGCCGGUAGGGAGGCUCGCUUCGUGGUUGACAGAUAUAUUGGGGUGCUCCACCUCGCGUUGAUGGCAGAGAUUGGUACACCGGCGGGAAAAGAGCUGCGAUUUGAUGAUGGGGGGGGAGAGAUCCAUCGUGAUCUGCUCAAUUUGGCUGAGAGAGAGAUUUGGGCGAGAUAUGAGAUGGAGAAGGGUCUGCGACAGAUAAGUGGGGAGAAGUCGAGAGAGAGACUACGGGAAGCAAGAACCAGAUUUUUCAGACUCGAGUUCGACACGCUCGGUCUCGUUUUGGCCCCGCUGCUCGGGAGAGUCUGCCGCUACUCUCUUGUGUCUCGCCGGGAAUGGCUCGACCCUGCCGCUCGAACACGAACGGGGCUGCCACUACUUGUCCGUUGCGUGCACGGUAGGCCUUGGACGGUUCGUCUCAGCUCGGUGCGAGACCACGUACACUGGCGAAGGGCUCGCGAUGGCUUCUUCACGGCGUGGCGUCGUCGGCAGGUCUCGUCAUCGGUUCAUGCCGGCGAUAAGGGCUUCGAUUUGCGAACAGAGAAAAAGGGCGACGGAGGGUCGUUGCCGGCGACUGAUGGGCGGACGUCAGCGGGCUGCUCGAGUGAACAGAGACACGCGACGGUGACUAUUUCUCGACUGGGUUUCUCGGUGUUCGCGUUCGACUACUCACGACAACGGAUGUGCGCCGGUAGGGAGGCUCGCUUCGUGGUUGACAGAUAUAUUGGGGGUGCUCCACAACGACUCUCGCGAGUCCUCGUUGAUGGCAGAGAUUGGUACGCCGGCGGGAAAAGAGCUGCGAUUUGA